UUGUGUCCUCCUCGUUUCUAGGUGACAAGAGCUCAGCGCGUGUCUCUGCGUUGCCCGUUUAACUGCACCGCGCCCGUCUCGCCACAGGAGGCGCUAUAGAGUAUAAGUUACACUCCGCUCGUCCCCCCCCCCCUCGUCGGUUUCUCUUCAGCAGGAGUAACUUGGGGCUUUGCUUCACUUGGUCACACGGCCGCGCACUGGGCCACCAUUGAGGCAUCACCGCCACCGUCCUCAUCAUCGCCGUCAUCACUCGCGCUUCUGGACCGAGCCGCUCGUGCACGACCCUCUGUGGCGGAGAGAAACUUUUGUAGAGGGGGUAAGAUGGAUAUGAAGAAGAGGAUCCACCUGGAGCUACGGAACCGGACCCCAUCCGAUGUACGUGAAUUAGUCUUGGACAACUGCAGAUCAAAUGAUGGGAAAAUCGAAGGCCUCACUGCAGAAUUUGAGAAUCUGGAAUUUCUCAGUUUGAUUAACGUUGGCUUAAUCUCAGCUUCCAACCUUCCAAAACUUGCAAAGUUGAAAAAGUUGGAACUUAGUGACAACAGAAUUUCGGGCAGCCUCGAUGUUUUAGUGGAGAAACUGCCCAACCUCACACAUCUAAAUUUAAGUGGAAACAAGCUGAAAGACAUCAGCACGUUGGAACCUUUGAAGAAACUUGAUCACCUGAAGAGCCUCGACCUGUUCAACUGCGAGGUGACCAACCUCAAUGACUAUCGGGAGAGUGUCUUCAAGCUCUUGCCACAGCUCACCUACCUGGAUGGUUACGAUUUGAAUGACCAGGAGGCCUCUGACUCUGAUGGGGAAGUCGAUGGAGUGGAUGAUGAAGAUGAAGAGGGAGGAGAGGAGGAUGAAGAUGAAGAUGGAGAAGACUUUGAUGAAGAGAAUGAUGAAGAUGAUGAUGAAAAUGAUGAGGAGGUAGAAGGGGAAGAAGAUGAUGAUAUCAGCGGAGAGGAGGAUGAUGAAGAAGUGGAAGAUGAAGAAGAUGACGAUGAGGAGGAGGACAAUGAUGACGAGGAAGAGGGAAGAGGUGAAAAGAGAAAGCGAGAGGUGGACGAUGACGGUGAGGAUGACGAAGAUGAUGACGACGAAGAUGAAGACGAUUAGGAACGGGUGUCACACCCUGCCGCCAAGCCUUGCAGCCUUCUCCUCCUGUUUGGUACCUUUCUCCUCUCUUUGUACUCCUCUGAAGGACUUUGUGGUAUUGGAUGGACUAACCCAGUGGAAGUACACCCACUGGACUCAACCAUUUGAGAGAAUCUCUCAGGCAGCAUUCCACACCUACACUGUCAACUCUUUGUGAAAACUCACUUCAGGACUUGUGUCAAGUUUGGGGGUCUGUGCUUUUAAUAUUUUGUUGGAGGAUAUAUAUUUUUUUGGUUUUUCAAUAAGAUUAUUGCUGUAGCAGCAAUGGGUGAUGGACGGGCCUUGAGAUGAUUUGCCUGUCACAUAAAUCAAUGCUGUAGCUGCAUUUUUACUUUCGUUGUCAAAAAAGAACCAACAAAUUUGUAAAUAAAAUCUUAAUAUUUUGCUCUCUGCUUUCCCUGCUAUACUUUCCUCAUGUGCUGUUGUAUUAAUUACUACUGUAACUUAAAUGUGUUUGGGUGAUGAUGGCCUCUGCUUUGUAUAGUCCAGGUAAAUGCUGUUGCCAGUGUAGUGCUAAGAGAAGCUACACCUGAAGGUGAAAAUUUUAGUAUGUGUGACACCCCCCUUUACAACAAUGUAAGUACAGUGCCAUUAUAGUUUCCCAUACAUUGAUCUAGAGCAUUUUGUAACUUUAGCAAUUUGUACAGCUGGAUGUUUACCACAUUUUGUACCUUUCUAUGCAAGUUUGAGUGAAAUUUUAGAUUACAAAGUAUUACUCCAGCACGUUCACAGGCAGAUCAUGGACAGUUUGUAUUGACUGUCAUUCUGUCCAACAUGCUUAAUGCGGAGGACUUGCCAUUUUGCAAAGUCAUUUGUGCUGAAUUUUGUAAAUUUUCACACCAAAUUAAUUUGGAUUCUAAUGAGUUAUUUUCAGUCCAAUUUAGGCAUAUCAGGAAGUAUCUUCAGCCUAUAGUGAUGUGUUAACAAUACAACUUAAGAAUGUAAUUUAGGCACAUUAACAUCCUAUGCUCAAAAUCUUUUGAAUAUAGAAAAAAACUAUAGCUUUUUGUGGAAGUUUGAAAUAGAAUGCUUUUAUGCUGGAAUUUUCCACCCUACGGGUAUUUGGAAUCUAUCGUUACUGAAUUUGUGACGCUAGUGCAAAGAAAUACCAUGUAAAACUGACAGUAAAUGUUACAAAAAAGAAAGCUAUAGCGUGUGAAAAAUAACGUGGUUGUUGCUUCCUGCUAAGGAUGUAAAAAUGAAUUCUGUAGUGAGAGAGUGAUAGUAUCACCUUUUGGAAAUGAUAUGAUGCUUUCUACAAGGUUUCCAGUCCCUUCACUGUUAACCACAAGAGUAAAGUCACUGUGCAGAGCAGCAUGUUGUAGGGUAAAUUACUGCAAGAUGAGUGAGUAAUGCAGCAGUGGUUUUCCUAAACACCCACUGUACCAAGGACUGCAAAAACACAAUGUUGGUACACCUGGAUCCUCAAGCAUUGCUGUUACGUCAAGGGGGUGAAUGGGACGUGAGAAAUUAAACUGAGAACUCUCCCUGUGGAAGUGCAAACCGUGUAUUAUAUGCCUUUUUUGCAUCCCACUGCUGGAACUCUUCUUGGUUAUUCAUGUAGCAGAUAUCUUUUUACAACUAUCACAAGAUAAAUCUAGUCCAAAAUGGAUAAAAGAUUGAGGACAUCUUUAACCCUUCCAUGUUU